AUGCUCUCAUCUAAGCGAGCACCUCCGGCUUCACUAGAAGAUGUGCUGGUUGUUGGCGGACCUAAAUCUGGCAUAAAGUCUGCUAGAUUUCUCGGCGGCGGCCCCUCCAGAUACUCAAAGUCGUCAUCAUUUCUGACGUCUGUAUACCGGCUGCUGAAUCUUGAGCCCGACACAUUCGAAUUCGAAGCGCUCGGAUCCCACGCUGUCCCGUUUGAUGGCUCUGAUGACCCGUCAUCGAGUCUUUGCACUCUACCUAUGUGGCCGUUCCGUAAUCUGACUUUGAUGCCGCGAGGAUGGUCUCCUGAUUCCCAGCCGCUUGCUGCGGCGUCCCGGGUGCUCCUCGACCCGAAUUUGAACAUCUCCCUCCCCGGCCUCGGCCUCGGCCCCGGGGUUGGUUUUGUCCAGAGGGUCGAGGCUGACGAUUGCGUGGUCUGUUCAUUGCCCAAGAAAAUCCUUGUCCAAGCUGCUCUCAAAAGGGUGAACUAA